UUUUAAGUAGUAUAAAAGCGGCGACUUAGCACAAAUCAGCAUCCAGUUCAGUGUCUGGAACCGCACAGUUGCGCAUCGUGGUUUCGCUAACCAGUUCGUCGUUGAGUCGCAAUGAAGUUUUUUAUCUGUCUGUCGGCGCUUUUGUUGGUUUCGGCAAAUGCCGAAUCAGAGCAGAAGAAGUCCGCAGCCGAUAGUAAGGCCGCCGUCCCGCUCGAGAAGAAGCUGGACAAACGGGGCCUGCUGAGCCUCGGUUAUGGCUACGGCAUUAACGGGCUGGACGUAGGCUACAUCGGUGGUGGCCAUCUUGGCGGUGCGUACCAUGAGGCACAUGACCAUCACUACGGGCAUGGUGUGUAUCUCGGUGGCCACACGGAUGUGACCAAGACGGUAACGCUGGUGAAGGGUGUCCCGGUACCGUACACGGUUGAGAAGCACGUCCCGUACACCGUGGAGAAGCAUGUCCCCUAUCCAGUGAAGGUCCCGGUACCGCAGCCCUACGAAGUAGUCAAACACGUCCCAGUCCACGUCAAGGAAUACGUUAAGGUGCCCGUUCAUGUGCCGCAGCCCUACCCGGUUGAGAAGAAGGUGCCGUACCCGGUACAUGUUCCGGUCGAUCGUCCCUACCCCGUCAAGGUGUUCGUGCCCCAGCCCUACGAAGUGACCAAGCACGUCCCGUACCCAGUCAAGGUGCCAGUCCCGCAGCCCUACGAAGUUACCAAGCAUGUGCCAGUGCCAGUGAAGGUGGAAGUGCCCGUCCCAGUGCCGUACACCGUCGAGAAGAAGGUCCCGUACCCGGUGAAGGUCCCGGUCGACCGUCCCUAUCCCGUCCAUGUACCAGCUCCCUACCCCGUUGAGGUGGAGAAACCCGUGCCGUACACCGUCGAGAAGCCAGUCCCGUAUGAGGUGAAGGUCCCGGUCGAUCGUCCCUACCCCGUGCCGGUGGAGAAGCCCGUCCCGUACCCGGUCAAGGUGCCCGUCCCGAAGCCGUACUACGUCGAGAAGCACAUUCCGUACACGGUCGAGAAGCCCGUCCCGGUCCCAGUGAAGGUCCAUGUCCCAGCUCCGUACCCAGUUGAGAAGAAGGUCCCGUACCCGGUCAAGGUCCCAGUGCACGUUGAGAAGCCGUACCCAGUUGAGAAGAUCGUCCACUACCCAGUCCAUGUGCCAGUCGAUCGCCCAGUUCCGGUCCAUGUUGAGAAGCCAGUCCCGGUCCCGGUGGAGAAGCCAGUGCCGUAUGAGGUCAUCAAGAAGGUCCCGUACCCAGUGCAUGUCCCGUACGAUCGCCCCGUGCCAGUGCACGUUGAGAAGCCCGUCCCAGUCCCGGUGAAGGUCCCAGUCCCGCAGCCCUACCCGGUCGAGAAGCACAUCCCGGUCCCGGUCGAGAAGCACGUGCCCUACCCCGUGAAGGUUCCGGUCGAGCGUCCGGUCCCGGUUGAGAUCGAGAAGCACGUCCCCUAUGAGGUCGAGAAGCCAGUGCCGUACCCGGUCAAGGUUCCGGUCCACGUGCCGGUUCACCACGAGGAGGAGCACCAUCACCACCACGAGGAGGUCCACUCCGAGGGUCUGAGCGAACAUCACGACUUCGGUUCUCAUCACUAAGCGAAGAAGAGCUCCCAUCAUUUCAUUAUUUAUAUCGCAAAACUUGUGAUCUUAGUUGCUAGCAUACCUCCCCAACUCCAACAUCUCCCCCCAAGCAGCAUAAUCCGUCAUCUCGACUGCUCGACUGACAACUGACAACUAGCUCAAAGAUUCAUCUAGCACAACAGCAAGCCAACCAGCUCUGUAAAGUAAUGUCGAAAAACUGAUCAACCGAACGACCAUCUACGAACAUCUGCUGGAUGAGCCGGAGAGUGCGUGAUUGUGCGAUCGCUGUUCGCGUGGGAUGUACGACGCUGCUGGAGCAAGCCUCAACCUUUCGCUGCUUUGCUGGAGCGUUUCAGCACAGAUCGGGGUCAACUUGACGCCUUGGUUUGGCGGGAAACGUCCCGGUCACACUGAUUCAUCCGGUUGACCCGUCCAGCGAAAGAAGAAGCGAGCUUCAGCUGUUGUGCCCUUUCACACAGCGCGCAAAAUCACACAACUCUGGAUCGUUCUACCCUAUAACAAUGGCGGGAAGGAAAGGAAUUGGUGCUUUAGUCUGGUCCCAAGAGAGAGAGAGAGGAAAAAACCACUGCCCAUCACCGGAAAGCGACUGUUCAGCUCAAGUGUUUCACAUUAACAGAAAAACACACAACGUUCCUACCUCUGCUACAGGGGCAGACACAGUCAACUUCCGGAGACGGGCAACGAUUUUUUUUUGGUUUCAUUUUUGGACAGAGAAAGCCCAUCUGUCCCACUGGCAUUAGCCCGCCAAAUGCUCAUAGACGAAUGUGUUGUGCGGGAAUGCGGAGCAAACCAAACCUAGCAAUUCUCUGCAACUGCACCAUCCAUCCCACAUUCAGCAUUGUUUUCUUGUUAUAUAGAUUUUUAAAAAACCCGCGAACAACAGUAGCAAACUGAAAUACCAAAAUGCUUAGCUGCGCAACGAACAAACUAAAAAAAAUGGAAAGGAAGGCAAGGGAAGUGCCCGAAAGGAAAAGGCUAGGAAAGUUGGGCGACCGGUGCGCUGAUUAGUUCCUGGUUCCGAUUCACCACUCCACCCCUUUGCCGGGGCACUUCUCCCUUUUGGGGAAGCAGAACAAGAAGAAGAAGAAGACGAAGAUUGGUGUAAAUAUCGAAGUGCCGAACAUUUCAAGAUUUUUUGUUUUAUUCUAGCCACCGCCCCAACUCCAACGCAAACUCGUUCGAAGUAAAAAAGAAGAAGAAGUAGAAAAAAGAGAAGGAACGCCGCUUUAGCUACAGCAGCUGCGACGAAGCAACGAAGCAGUAAAAGUUAUAGAAAAACGCAUCCCAAAAUCAAACCACAGGAAACAGGCCAGCUCAAAUGUAUACUGAUCAUGGUUUUUCUUAGCUUUGCGCUCGUGCUCAUACGCAUUGAUUGUUGUUUAUGUUUUUUUUUUGUUUUUUAAAAAUGUUUUUCUUUGCUCUGUUUACGACGUAAAAAAGAAAGGAAAAAAUGAAAUAAAAAAAUGUGAUUAUAAAAAAACCCA